AUGGCUAAUAAUUUCCCUACUAAAGAACAAACGGCAGUUAUCACCGCUGAAUAUGAAUUUGAAUAUGCAGGAUUACAUUGUUGCAAUAGAUACAUGUAUGUUCAACCUGACGACAGCAUUAUUCUUCCUGAUUCUCUAGUGUUAAAAUAUGAUGAUACGAAUUACCGUGUUUUUUUGACAUAUGAUGACGUUUGCUACAAAUGCAAAGCGACUGGUCAUUAUGCUAACGAAUGUCCUAAUGUUACUUCACCAAAUCAGGACCCUAAUCCCGCAGUAAGCAUUGAAGAGUCCCCUAGAAAAAGGCAGAUUGACGACGACGUCAGUUCUCCCAAAAUUUCACCUCUAGAUCUCUCUGGUGAUACCUCCAAUGGAUACGCAGUUUUUAGAAAAGAUCGUCACAACAACAAAGGUGGAGGUGUUUGUGUUUAUAUCUUUGAUCACAUCUGCGCGAACUUUGCACUUAUUCCCAUUACAGACGACACGGGUAACAUUGACUCCAUAUUUCUGAAGAUAACAAACACGAGGUUGACGUUUCUGUUAGGUUGCAUUUACCGGCCACCUACGUCCAUCAUCGAAGAUGACCACUCCCUUUUCCAGUGCAUCUCAGAGAUAACUGACAUUUAUCAACAUCUUUUUAUUUUUGGUGACUUCGAUAUGCCUGAUAUAAAGUGGCCCCUAAAAGCCUCUCAGUCUUGUUCUCCAUCUUCUCAAUUAUUAGUCGACCUGCUAUUGAAUAGUCACUUAAAUUUGCACGCUUUCGAAGGAAAGAACAGUCACCACACCACAGCUGUUAUUGACUGCAGAUCUGUGAAUAAGGCCUUAACCGAUGUUCACUGGCCGUCGUUGUUCGUUACCUCCUCGGUCGCAGAAAACUGGGAAUUAUUUAAGACCACAGUGCUCAACCUCGUGUGUAAACACUCCUCUAGUAGUAGCAUCAAAAGAUCCUCAACUAAACCAUGGAUUGGUAAAAAAAUUCUAAAAAUGGUAAGAACUAAACGAGCUCUAUGGCGAGCAUUUAAGAGAUCAGGAAAUCAAAACGACUACAAAGCACAUCGUAAUUUUUCCAAUAAUCUUUCAGUCAUAAUUAGAGAAGCUCGUAUCGCAUACGAAAAGCAACUUGCCGACUCAACAGACACUAAGCGUUUUUACAGACAUAUUCGUAACAAACAUUCUGGGCCCGUGUCGACUCUUCAAUUAAGAGACGACGACGACAAAAUCACCGAUGACUGUGCUACUGUUGCAAAUAUUUUCGCAGACACAUUUUCUAAAACUUACACUCUUGAAACUGACAAUACAUUACCAAGUGCAAUAAUACCCAAGCCGAAAGUCUCCCUCGAUAGUAUUGAGUUCCCUGAAGAUGUCAUUUGUAGUAAGUUGAAGAAACUAAAACCUUCUAAAUCCCCUGGGCCGGACGCAAUUACUGCUUCCGUUUUGGCCCACUAUGCCGAAUGCAUCUUGCUUUUUGAUUGGAAAACAGCAAUCGUGAGACCUAUCUUUAAGAAGGGAGAUAAGUUCAAUCUCUGUAAUUAUCGGCCCAUUAGUCUGACCUCCCUUAUUGUUAAAAACAUGGAGUCUAUAAUCUACGAAACUCUCAUUAAGUUCCUAUUGGAUCAACAUCUUAUUCUGGAAGAACAGUAUACGGUUUUCUUCCCGGCAAUUGAUGUUGUUUACUUGGAUUAUUCCAAAGCUUUCGAUAGGGUUCCCAAACGCCGGCUUUUAGCCAAGCUUGAAAAUCUUGGAAUAGCGGGGAAUCUACUUCAUUGGAGUGGCGCCUUUUUGUCUGAUCGUAGGUUUAGAGUGAGGGUUGGUGACGGCCUAAGCGAGCACAGACCAGUCCUGAGUGGUGUACCCCAAGGAUCGAUUUUGGGUCCACUAUUAUUCAUAGCAUACACCGCUGAUUUAAAAGUUAUUAUUCAAUCACCUUUCGCUGAUGAUUAA